AUGGCCGGUCUGACUGAAGCUCAGGUAGCCUCGUUCCACGAGAACGGCUACCUGGUCAUCCCCGACUAUCUGAGUCCAAAUGAGAUUGAGUCUGUCUUAGCUGAGGCCAACACACUACUCAAUGACUUCUCGCUGGACUCUCACCCGCUUACGCAAUUCACCACUGGCGAUGACGACCAGGCCGACCAUGUGGGCGAUGACUACUUCCUGAACUCUGGUGACAAGAUUCGGUUCUUCUUCGAACCGGACGCGUUUACUUCCGAGCCUGAUCCGCUCACAGGUCGCCCCGCACUGAUCAAGCCAAAGCACCUGGCGGUCAACAAGAUUGGACACUCUCUGCACUCCCUAUCACCUCCUUUCAAGGCGAUCUCGCUCAACGAGCAGAAUGCUGCCGUGGCCAAAUCCCUCGGGUUCACCGACCCGCGCGUUCUCCAGAGCAUGGUCAUCUGCAAGCAGCCCUCCAUUGGCGGCGCGGUCCCAUCGCACCGCGACUCUGAAUUCCUGUACACGAACCCCCCGUCAGCUGUUGGGUGGUGGUAUGCGCUGCAAGAUUCGGGACCUGGUAAUGCGACGCUGGGUAUGUGGAAGGGCUCUCACAAGGGUCGGAAGGGCGGCCACAUCGCCCGCCGGUUUGUGAGGAAGGCUGAUGGGAAGGGGACGGAGUUCAUUGAGAAUGAUGGGCCUUCGUUGCCGAAGGGUAUGGAUGAGGAUAAAGUUGAUGAGCCUACUGAUGAGGAUCUGGAGAUUUUGACUGUCACGGCUGGGUCGCUGGUGCUGAUUCAUGGGAAUGUGCUGCACAAGAGUGAGAAGAAUACCAGCCCCAAGAGUCGGUAUGCGUAUACCUUCCAUGUUAUCGAGGGUGCUAAGGGGUGGGAGUACGAUAAGAGGAACUGGCUGCAGCCUCCUGAGGGUGGAUUUUCGAGGUUGAAUCAGUCUUGA